GUGCCCUGCGAGCCGAAUCAUGGAUCACACUGACAAUGAGUUACAAGGCACUAAUAGUUCUGGAUCAUUGGGUGGUCUUGAUGUUCGAAGACGAAUUCCUAUAAAGCUCAUCUCCAAACAAGGGAACAAAGCCAAAGCUUCACCUCGAACUCCAAGGACUAUAAACAGGAUGCCUGCAAAGGCUCCAGCUGGUGAUGAAGAAGGAUUUGAUUAUAAUGAAGAAGAACGGUAUGACUGUAAAGGGGGCGAACUGUUUGGAAAUCAGCGAAGAUUUCCUGGACACCUUUUUUGGGACUUUCAGAUAAACAUCUUAGGUGAAAAGGAUGAUACACCAGUUCAUUUCUGUGACAAAUGUGGAUUGCCUAUUAAAAUCUAUGGGCGAAUGAUUCCAUGCAAGCAUGUUUUUUGCUAUGACUGUGCUAUUUUACACGAAAAAAAGGGAGAUAAGAUGUGUCCAGGCUGUAGUGAUCCUGUGCAGCGAAUUGAGCAGUGUACACGAGGUUCUCUCUUCAUGUGUAGCAUUGUUCAAGGGUGCAAGAGAACAUACUUGUCCCAGAGAGACUUACAGGCUCAUAUCAACCACCGCCAUAUGAGAGCUGGAAAACCUGUUACCCGUGCUUCACUUGAAAAUGUUCAUCCUCCUAUUGCCCCACCACCAGCUGAAAUCCCCGAUCGUUUUAUAAUGCCGCCAGACAAGCACCAUAUGAGCCAUAUUCCGCCAAAGCAGCACAUCAUGAUGCCACCACCUCCUUUGCAACAUGUGCCCCACGAGCACUAUAAUCAGCCACAUGAGGAUAUUCGUGCUCCUCCAGCAGAAUUGUCCAUGGCUCCACCUCCACCUCGCUCGGUCAGUCAGGAAACCUUUCGUAUUUCAACAAGAAAACACAGCAAUUUAAUAACUGUCCCUAUUCAGGAUGACUCAAAUUCAGGUGCUAGAGAACCACCACCUCCUGCCCCAGCACCUGCUCACCAUCAUCCUGAAUAUCAGGGUCAACCAGUGGUCUCUCACCCUCAUCAUAUUAUGCCUCCACAGCAACAUUACGCACCACCCCCACCUCCUCCACCACCAAUAAGCCAUCCAAUGCCACAUCCUCCCCAGGCCGCAGGUACUCCUCACCUGGUGUAUAGCCAAGCUCCACCUCCACCAAUGACCUCUGCUCCACCACCAAUUACCCCUCCCCCUGGACAUAUUAUUGCCCAGAUGCCACCUUAUAUGAAUCAUCCUCCUCCAGGACCUCCCCCCCCUCAACAUGGUGGUCCACCUGUAACUGCACCCCCUCCUCACCAUUAUAAUCCUAACUCUUUACCCCAGUUCACUGAAGAUCAAGGAACUCUGAGCCCUCCAUUUACACAGCCAGGGGGAAUGAGUCCUGGUAUAUGGCCUGCACCGAGAGGGCCGCCUCCUCCUCCACGAAUGCAGGGUCCGCCUUCUCAAACCCCACUUCCUGGACCACAUCAUCCAGAUCAGACAAGAUAUAGACCGUAUUACCAAUGAUAAUAGUAUUUUGAACUGAAGAUAUGAUGAGGAAACAAACUUAUGUAUAGUCAAUCUUUUAAUUAAGCUUUGACUGUUUGGGGAAGGGAAAGCGCCUCUUACUGAGGUGGCUGUAAAACACUUAGGGUCUUGUCUCUUAAAAUGGUUUUGAAUCUUGACCUUAGGAGUGAUUUCAAGUACUAUAUUGUAGUGCAGAUAAGUGGCUCAGUUGAGCACAACUAUAUUUUAACAACUUUCUUCCCCUAGUGUGGUAAAUUGACCCAGAGGUGACCAUUUGUAAAAAAUUUGAAAAAAUUUUUUCGUCGUUCCACUUUCAAAAGUAUUGCUUUUGUUAAACCCAAUGUUUAGUUUUUC